CGGCGCGGCCAAUGGGAGACGAGCCCCGCCCCUUCGUGGGCGGGGCGUCCGCGGGUGACGUCAUCCGGGCGCGGCUUCGUCACCCCCGAGUCUCGCAGAGCCCGGAAGGACGACGGCGAUGGCGAGGAUGGCGCGGCCCGAGCGGCCCGACCUGGUGUUCGAGGAGGAGGACCUCCCGUACGAGGAGGAGAUCAUGCGGAACCAGUUCUCCGUCAAGUGCUGGCUCCGCUACAUCGAGUUCAAGCAGGCGCCCCGGCCGCGCCUCAACCAGCUCUACGAGCGCGCGCUCAAGCUGCUGCCCUGCAGCUACAAGCUCUGGUACCGCUACCUGAAGGCGCGGCGCGCGCAGGUGAAGCACCGCUGCGUCACGGACCCCGCCUACGACGACGCCAACAACUGCCACGAGCGCGCCUUCGUGUUCAUGCACAAGAUGCCCCGCCUGUGGCUGGACUACUGCCAGUUCCUGAUGGAGCAGGGCCGGGUGACGCACACGCGCCGCACGCUGGACCGCGCGCUGCGGGCGCUUCCGGUGACGCAGCACGCGCGCAUCUGGCCGCUCUACCUGCGCUUCCUGCGCGCGCACCCGCUGCCAGAGACGGCCGUGCGCGGCUACCGCCGCUUCCUGGAGCUCAGCCCCGAGAGCGCGGAGGAGUACAUCGACUACCUCAAGUCCAGCGACCGCCUGGACGAGGCCGCCCAGCGCCUGGCCACGGUGGUCAACGACGAGCGCUUCGUGUCCAAGGCCGGGAAGUCCAACUACCAGCUGUGGCACGAGCUGUGUGACCUCAUCUCGCAGAACCCUGACAAGGUCCAGUCCCUCAACGUGGACGCCAUCACGGGGGGCCUCACGCGCUUCACGGACCAGCUGGGCAAGCUGUGGUGCUCCCUGGCCGACUACUACAUCCGCAGCGGCCAUUUUGAGAAGGCCCGCGACGUGUACGAGGAGGCGGUGCGCACGGUGAUGACGGUGCGCGACUUCACGCAGGUCUUCGACAGCUACGCGCAGUUCGAGGAGAGCAUGAUCGCCGCCAAGAUGGAGACGGCGUCGGAGCUGGGGCGGGAGGAGGAGGACGACGUGGACCUGGAGCUGCGCCUGGCGCGCUUCGAGCAGCUCAUCAGCCGCCGCCCGCUGCUGCUCAACAGCGUCCUCCUGCGCCAGAACCCGCACCACGUCCACGAGUGGCACAAGCGCGUGGCCCUGCACCAGGGGCGGCCGCGGGAGAUCAUCCACACCUACACGGAGGCGGUGCAGACCGUGGACCCGCUGCAGGCGACGGGGCAGCCGCACACGCUCUGGGUCGCCUUCGCCAAGUUCUACGAGGACAACGGGCAGCUGGACGACGCCCGCGUGAUCCUGCAGAAGGCCACCAAGGUGAACUUCAAGCAGGUGGAGCACCUCGCCAGCGUGUGGUGCCAGUGCGGGGAGCUGGAGCUGCGGCACGAGAACUACGACGAGGCCCUGCGCCUGCUGCGGAAGGCCACGGCGCUGCCCGCCCGCCGGGCCGAGUUCUUCGACGGGUCGGAGCCGGUGCAGAACCGCGUGUACAAGUCGCUCAAGGUGUGGUCGAUGCUGGCCGACCUGGAGGAGAGCCUGGGCACCUUCCAGUCCACCAAGGCCGUGUACGACCGCAUCCUGGACCUGCGCAUCGCGACGCCGCAGAUCGUCAUCAACUACGCGGUCUUCCUGGAGGAGCACCGCUACUUCGAGGACAGCUUCAAGGCGUACGAGCGCGGCGUGGCGCUGUUCCGGUGGCCGCUGGUGGCCGACAUCUGGAGCACGUACCUCAGCAAGUUCAUCGCGCGCUACGGCGGCCGCAAGCUGGAGCGCGCGCGCGACCUCUUCGAGCAGGCGCUGGACGGCUGCCCGCCCGCACACGCCAAGACCCUGUACCUGCUGUACGCGCGCCUGGAGGAGGAGUGGGGCCUGGCCCGCCACGCCAUGGCCGUGUACGAGCGCGCGACGCGGGCGGUGGAGCCGUCGCAGCAGCGCGACAUGUUCAACAUCUACAUCAAGCGCGCGGCCGAGAUCUACGGCGUCACGCACACGCGCCCCAUCUACCAGAAGGCCAUCGAGGUCCUCUCGGACGAGCACGCGCGCGAGAUGUGUCUGCGCUUCGCCGACAUGGAGUGCAAACUCGGCGAGAUCGACCGCGCCCGCGCGGUCUACAGCUUCUGCUCGCAGAUCUGCGACCCCCGGACGACGGGCGCCUUCUGGCAGACGUGGAAGGACUUCGAGGUCCGGCACGGGAACGAGGACACGAUCCGCGAGAUGCUGCGCCUGCGCCGGAGCGUCCAGGCCACCUACAACACCCAGGUCAACUUCAUGGCCUCGCAGAUGCUCAAGGUGUCGGGCAGCGCCACGGGCACCGUGUCGGACCUGGCGCCGGGGCAGAGCGGCCUGGACGACAUGAAGCUGCUGGAGCAGCGCGCGGAGCAGCUGGCGGCCGAGGCCGAGCGCGACCAGCCGCCGCGGGCGCAGAGCAAGAUCCUCUUCGUGCGGAGCGACGCGUCCCGCGAGGAGCUGGCGGAGCUGGCGCAGCAGGCCAACCCCGAGGAGAUCGCGCUGGGCGAGGACGAGGAGGACGAGGAGAUGGACCUGGAGCCCAACGAGGUCCGGCUGGAGCAGCAGAGCGUCCCCGCCGCCGUGUUCGGGAGCCUCAAGGAGGACUGAGCACGUCCUCCACCCCCACCCCCCGCUCCUCGUCCUCCCCCGCCCCCUCCCACAAUAAACGGAUUCUCUACCA